UUCAUCUUAUCCUUUCGUUAUGUGGAAAUGUGGAAAUGUUUUAGGUCUCGCGCUUAUGGGCGGAAACGAAUGUGUCAAACUUUGAAUGAGCUUGACAUUUCAACAAAACACUCUGUGUUCUCGUGACGUGUUUAACUGUGGCAUCAGGUGUUUGUCGGUGUGCGGUCUGAACGGCCACGUCUAAUAAAAGUGUUACUUGUUGACCGACAAAACGAAAGUAAGAUUUGAUGAGGAAAUGACGGGCGAAAUGUGGUGUCAUUACAUGCAUGGGUGUAUUCGGGCUUACAGCGGGAGAUCUGACGUUUGUUGAAGUUCAUAUCACGACGCUGGGAAACCUCUCGCCGGCCACCACGGUUUUCUUCUGCUGUGACAUGCAGGAGCGGUUCAGACCCGCCAUCAAGUACUUCGGUGACAUCAUCAGUGUGGGCCAGAGGCUGCUGCAGGGGGCUCGUAUUCUGGGCAUUCCUGUCGUGGUGUCAGAGCAGUAUCCUAAAGGUCUGGGCAGCACAGUGCAGGAAAUGGAUCUGACCGGGGCGAAAUUGGUCUUUCCCAAAACCAAGUUUUCCAUGGUGCUUCCGGAGGUGGAGGCCGCGCUGGCUGAGAUUCCAGGAGUCCGCAGUGUCGUGCUCUUCGGAGUCGAGACGCAUGUGUGCAUUCAGCAGACGGCUCUGGAUCUCAUUGGAAGAGGUUUUGAAGUGCACAUUGUUGCUGAUGCCACAUCCUCGAGAAGCAUGAUGGACAGGAUGUUUGCACUAGAGCGGCUGGCGCGCACGGGCAUCAUCGUCACCACCAGCGAGUCCGUUCUGCUGCAGCUCGUGGCCGAUAAAGAGCAUCCAAAGUUCAAAGAGAUCCAGAACAUCAUUAAAGCCAGCGCUCCAGAGUCAGGCCUGCUGUCCAAAGUCUGAUCGCAGUCAAACGAGAGCCCAGCAUUUCCCUCACAGCACACACACACUGUAACACGCCACUGAAAUCUACCGGGGAACCCAACGAAUACCUACCAGCACACGUGUUCGUAUUGAAAGUGGUACAUUUAGUUAUAUUUGAUGUGCAUAAUUUAUAGUCUUAUAUAAUCUAAAUUGUGUAUUUCAGUGUCUGUUGUAUCAGAGCAAAUGACCUGACAUGGAUGAAAUCAUCUGAAUCGUGUCUCUGUCCAGACAAGCAAAAGGGUCAAAAUAAAGAAUUGCCACUCAAAAUGCAGCACGGUCUGCAAAUAGGUGUUUCAUGUUACUGCAAAAACACACUCUGAAUGUCAGUAUAUCUCAAUGAUGUCAUUAGAGGCGAUAGUUUCUUUUGUAGCUUUAGUUUGUAUGUUUUUUUAUGUAGAUACUUAAACCCAUGGAUGACCCGGACUCUGUAAGUCUCCAUAACCAGUGGAAAGCAUUCGUUUAGAAUGCUAGGAACUCGUCCCUUGUGUGUACGGUAUGAACAUCAAACUACCUCUCAUCUAAAAAUGCUGAUUACAGAUUAGCCAAGUUACUAAAAUCAAUCGAUUUUCUCUUUAAGCUGUUAAAUAUUCUAUGUCGCAAGACCAACACCUUCACCAAAACAUCGAAGCUGCAUCUUCAGUGGAAUAUUAUUUUUUAACAUCUACUGUUACAGAAUCAUUUCAAGAGUAAGAGCACAGAUUUGCAAACGGUUCUAAAUAUUUCCUUGCAGUGGCAUUUUUGUGUAGGCCCAUGGACAUUUUUUACCCUGUUGUUUGAUUUGGUUUGAUUUUAUUUAUUGCCCAGACCCUAUAGACUGCACUAGCUCUGACUUGUCAUUUACAGUUUGAUUUAUUUCUAUUUCUUUUUUUGUGUGUGUGUGUGUGUGUGUGUGUGUGUGUGUGUGUGUAUUUGUGUUGAAAUUAGCCUCCGUUUUGUUGUGUACAUGUAUAUUGCGGGAAAAAUUGUGUAUUUGGUGCCUAUUGAUGAACAGUCACUACUGAUUGUACUAAGCAUAGAUACAUUUUCUUUCUUUCUGUGUGAAAUUAUUUUGUUCACUGUUGAGCAUUAUGCUUCAAAACAUGUUUUUGUAUCUGCUCUAUAUUUAUCUGAUAUGAAUAAAUGUUUAAAUUCACAAAGUCUGUAAAAAGUCCAGAAACAAUGAAAUAGUAUAACUGUAUGCGGCAGUAAUCUCAACUCUCUAACCCUAAUCUCAUUUUCAUGUAGACUGGACAUUGCAUUCAGAAAAUAUUAAUAAUAUUCAAUGCCCAAUAAAUGCACUGAAUCAUA